AUGAGCACCAUGAAUAAGAAACUAGCUGGUGAAAAUUUAAUUGAAUUUAUCAAUUUUUACAGAGAGCAGGAAUGCUUAUGGAAUAUAUAUUCAAAGAAUUACAAAAACAUAUUUUUAAAAAAUAAAGCAUAUAAUUUAAUGGCAAAAAAAUUUAAAAUUGGUCCUCAAGAAGUUAAAACAAAAAUAAAUAAUCUGCGGUCAAACUUCAAUAGGGAGUUCAAAAAGUGUGAAGAUUCUAAAAGAAGUGGAGCUGGCGUAGAAGACAUUUAUGUUCCACAGAUUUAUUGGUAUGAUGAAAUGCUUUUCUUAAAAGAUUGCAUAACGCCAAGAGCUAGUGUAUCAAAUAUUGAAUUGGAUUUUUCCGAUAACGAUUCAGUUACAUGUUCUCCAGCAACAACGCACGAAAACGAACCGCCACGACCUUCAAUAAGCAGGAAAAGAAAGCACCAGUAUGAGCCGAAAAACACUCACUUGGAUGAUGCUUUAAAAAAUUUAAAAGAAAUUUGUGAAAAGUCAGUAGACGAAAUUGACGAAUUUUGCAAAAAUUUAGCGGCCCAAUUAAAAACAUUGCCCAAGAUAGAUGUUUAUGAGUUAAUGGCAAUGUUUCAAAAUGAAUUGUCACAGAGAAAAAUCGAAAAAGAAAGAGGAAAACAAGAUAUAAUAAAUCUGGCAUUCAGUGAAGCUAUAAUGUAACUACAUACAUAUUAAAAAUAUCAAUGUUAUUAAGACUGAGAACGAA